GGGUGAGUGCUGCCCAUUGCUGGGGAUUGGGAGGCGGCUGCCGGGCUGCCAGCUGUUCUUUCAGCCCGGCCAACCAGCCCCUGGGAAGGAGGAAGUGGCCGCUGGUUCCGGGGCGCCUCUCCCCGGGCUGGCGGCGCCGUGCCUGUCCCUGCCGGGUCCGGCAUCCGAACCUGUUGUUUCGAGCCGGCGACGGCCUCCCCGAGACCCUGCUCCGCGCGGGCUGCCGGCCAGGAGGCGCCAGACCCUCUCCGUUCCCGGAGCCAACGGGGCGAAGCUUCUGCCGAGACCAAACGCCCCUGGAGUUUAAUGAGCUCAUGUUCCUGUGCAAACUUGUUUUUUCUGCACUGAGGAAAAAUGGAUGUGAAAUCUCGAAAUCAUUUGCUUCUGAAUCAAGAAGCAUUGGUAAGAGACAUCAAGACCUCUUACAUUAUGGAUCAUAUGAUUGCCGAUGAAGUACUAACAUUACAGGAGGAGGAGAAAGUAAAAGCACAGACUACACAGAAAGAACGAGCUGCUAUGCUAAUAAAAAUUAUUCUUGCAAAAGAUAAUUAUUCAUACAUAUCCUUCUAUAACGCACUGCUUCAUGAAGGGUACAAAGACCUGGCUGCUCUUCUUCAGGAUGCGAUCCCUAUUAUCUCCUCUUGUAAUGGAAAUAAGUCUAUGGAUGGAGUUACUUCGUAUGUGAGGACAGUCCUCUGUGAAGGUGGAGUACCACAAAGACCAGUUGUAUUUGUUACUCGUCCAAAGCUGGUAAAAGCAAUUCAACAGAAACUGUACAACUUAAGAAAUGAACCAGGUUGGGUUACUGUUUAUGGAAUGGCAGGUUGUGGGAAGUCUGUUUUAACAGCAGAAGCACUACGGGAUCACCAUCUCUUGGAAGAUUGCUUCCCAGGAGGAGUACAUUGGAUUUCUGUUGGAAAACAAGACAAGGCGGGGCUCCUAAUGAAACUCCAGAAUCUUUGUAGUAGACUAGACCAGGACUUCUCUCUUUCACAAAGGCCACCGCUUAAUAUUGAGGAGGCUAAAGAUCGCCUUCGUCUGCUGAUACUACGCAAAUACCCCAGGUGUCUCAUGGUUCUGGAUGACAUUUGGGAUUCAUGGGUAUUAAAAGCUUUUGAUAAUCAGUGUCAAGUUCUUAUUACUAGUAGGGAUAGGAGUGUGACAGACUCGGUGACUGGCAAUAAAUAUGAAAUUCCUGUGGAGAGUGGAUUAGCACAUGACAAAGGACUUGAGAUUUUGUCUCUGUUUGUUAAUAUGAAAAUAACAGAUCUGCCAGAAGAGGCUGAUAGUAUUGUAGGGGAAUGCAAAGGUUCGCCUCUUGUAGUGUCAUUGAUAGGUGCAUUAUUACGAGAUUUCCCAAAUCGUUGGGAAUAUUACCUCAGACAGCUGCAGAAUAAGCAAUUUAAAAGAAUAAGGAAAUCAUCAUCUUAUGAUUAUGAAGCACUUGAUGAAGCCAUGUCCAUGAGUGUUGAAAUGUUAAAUGAAAAUUUUAAAGACUAUUAUAAAGAUCUUUCUGUCCUUCAAAAGGAUGUUAAGGUGCCGACUAAGGUGCUUUGUAUUCUUUGGGAUAUGGAGACUGAAGAAGUGGAAGAUAUACUGCAAGAAUUUGUUAAUAAAUCUCUCUUAUUUUGUGAUCGUAAUGGGAAGUCAUUCCAUUAUUAUUUGCAUGAUCUUCAACUUGACUUUCUCACAGAGAAGAAUUGCGAUCAGCUUCAGGAGCUGCAUAAAAAGAUAGUAAAUCAGUACAAGAAACAUUAUAAACUACAUAUACCUACUCCAGCCCAAGAGGACUGUAUGUACUGGUAUAACUUCCUAGCAUACCACAUGGCUAGUGCCAACAUGCAGAGUGAACUUUGUGCUCUCAUGUUUUCUCUAGACUGGAUAAAAGCAAAAACAGAGUUGGUAGGGCCUGCCCAUUUGAUUCAUGAAUAUGUAGAAUAUAGCCAUAUAUUGGAUCAGAAGGUAUGUGUUAUUAAAAAUAAUCGAAAUAAAAAAUCCAUGAAGAACCUCUCCCGUUUGGUUGUCCGUCCCCAUACAGAUGCAGUUUAUCAUGCCUGCUUUUCCAAGGAUGGACAGAGAAUAGCUUCUUGUGGCGCUGAUAAAACCUUACAGGUGUUUAAAGCGAAAAGUGGAGAGAAGCUUUUGGAAAUAAAGGCUCAUGAUGAUGAAGUACUUUGUUGCGCUUUCUCUGCAGAUGACAGAUUUGUAGCAACUUGUUCAGUGGAUAAAAAAGUUAAGAUCUGGAACUCAAGAACAGGUCAGCUUGUACAGGUAUACGAAGAACAUGGAGAACAGGUCAACUGCUGCCAGUUUAAUAACACAAAUGAUCAACUUCUCUUAGCCACCUGCUCAAAUGAUACUUACAUCAAACUUUGGGAUUUGAACAAAAAGCAUUGUCGAAAUACAAUGUUUGGUCACUUAAAUUCUGUCAGCCACUGCAGAUUUUCACCAGAUGACAAAUAUGUGGCUAGUUGCUCAGCAGAUGGAACAUUAAAGCUUUGGGAAGUGUGUUCAGCAAAUGAACUGAAAACUAUUGAUAUAAAAGACUUCUUCAGAAAUGCAGAUGAACACCAAGAUGAUGUGGAAGUGUUAGUGAAGUGUUGCACCUGGUCAGCAAAUUGUGCUACAAUAAUGGUGGCAGCCAAAAAUCGGCUUUUACUUCUUGAUGUUAUAACCAGUGACUUGAUAGCAGAAGUCCUUAUAAGUCACCAUAGUACAAUCCAGUACUGUGACUUUUGUCCUGGCAAUCAGUUGGUAACAGUUGCUUUAUCACAUUAUUCUGUUGAGUUAUGGAAUACAGAAUCCUUUUUAAAAGUUGCUGAUUGCAGAGGACAUCUGAGUUGGGUUCACUGUGUGACAUUUUCUCCUGAUGGAUCUUUAUUUCUGACAUCGUCGGAUGAUCAGACAAUAAGGAUUUGGGAGUCAAGUAAGGUGUGCAAGUCCUCUGCUGUUGUGUUAAAACGUGAACUAGAUGUUGUGUUCCAGGAUGAUGAAGUGAUGGUUUUAGCAAUUCUCAAUCAGAAACAUCUACAACUAAUUAAUGGAAAUACAGGCCAUACUGACUAUCUGACUGAAGCCCAGGAAUCGCUUAUUUGCUGCUGUUGCCUAAGUGAAGAUCUUCAAUAUGCAGCAUUUGGAGAGGAGAAUGGAACAGUAAAGGUUUUGAAAUUGUCAAAUAAGAGAGUUUUCAAAUCCAGGACUGGACAUGAGAAAUCUGUACAACAUUGCCAGUUUACAUCUGAUGGACAAACCCUUAUUUCAAGCUCUGAUGAUUCAACUAUACAGGUGUGGAAUUGGCAGUCAGAAGAAUAUAUAUUUUUAAAAGGUCACAAGGAAGCAGUGAAGAAUUUUAGGCUUUUGGAAAAUUCAAGACUUCUCUCCUGGUCAUUUGAUGGAACAGUUAAGGUGUGGAAUAUUUGUACUGGAAAAAUAGAAGAAGAUUUUGUUUGCCAUGAAGAUGCUGUUCUUUCUUGUGCUAUUUCACCUGAUGCCACCAAGUUUUCAUCUACCUCUGCUGACAAAACGGCCAAGAUAUGGAGCUUUGAAAGUUCAUCUGUUCUUCAUGAGCUUAAUGGUCACAAAGGCUGCGUGCGGUGCUGCACUUUCUCCUUCGAUAACAAAUUCUUGGCCACUGGAGACGACAAUGGAGAAAUAAGGAUUUGGGAUGUCUCAAGAGGUGAAUUACUUCAUCUCUGCUCCCCUGUUACUGUAGAUGAAGGAGAAUCAACACAUGGUGGCUGGGUAACAGACCUCUGUUUUUCUCCUGAGAGUAAUAUGCUUGUGUCAUGUGGAGGAUAUCUUAAGUGGUGGAAUGUAACUACUGGAGAAUCCUUACAAACAUUCUACACAAAUGGAACAAACCUCAAGUCAAUAUAUGUGUCCCCUAGUUUCAAAGUGUACGUGACCAUUGAUAAUCUUGGUAUUCUUUAUGUGCUACAGAUGCUGGAAUAAAUCCAUUGAGCACAGUGGAUAUUAAAACUCAUGCAACUGAUACACAGAGUUUUGAGCUGGAAACAAAAUUCCACUAAUCUAUUUGACAUUCAUUAAACUGUGAAGUGUUUUUCAGUAUUGCAUUCAUUAAAUGUUUGUAUGUAUAAUGUUUAUGUAAAUUUUUGCAAAUGAGCUUGCAUUUAAUCUUGUUUUUGAUCAGCAUUAUUAUUGUUAAUGGUUUGUCCUUAAAUUUUGAUUUGCAUACUAAGUAUGCACCUUAUUAUUACACUGUUGGUAAAAUUAUAUUAAGUUUUAUUCAGAUAGGGUGAGAUAAUUGUUAGCAGAAGACAUAAUAGGAGUAUAAUACAUGGAAAUCAUAGUUUGUAGAAGUCUGGUGGCAAAUGUUUUCAGGUCAUGAAUGUGACUGUAAAAUACCAAAAAUUAUGAUCUUUUACUAUGCAUGUGUGACAUUGUUUUAAUGAAUACAGAAUGGAAAGAAUUAAUGACUUCGUUAGAAUUUCAUUUUUAGUACAAACUUGGUAUUGUUUGAGGAAUAUAAAAAUAUUUAAGAGAAGAAUCAAGUAGCUCUCCACUGGUACAGCAGCACUGCUUUGUACUACUGUAUUGAACCAUCAUGCUUUCCAGACUUAUGGAGAUGAGGUGCAUUAUAGAAGGGUAGUGAGUUUGGCUUACAUAGGGAGAAGAUAAUUUGCUGCAGCUCCCUUUAGGCACACGCUCAAAGGGUGUUGGUAAUUGCAUUGGUAGAGAUUGUGUACUCAUUUUCUAGUCGGAGGAAAGAUAUGAUAGCCAGCUAAACUGAGAAUGGAAUUGGGUCAAAAGGCUUUUGUUCAGAAAUACUGGCGUCUAUGGUGUGACUAAAAAUAUAGAAUUUUUCCUUUUGUUUAAGUUUAGCUUUCACUCCAGUUUGUGCCAUGAAGAUGAUAAUGUGUGCUAUCCUGGUCAGCUUUGUUUACAGGGGAUCCUCUGCAGAGGAAUCUUUUUUGCCCCCAAAGUAUGUGAUUUUUUUUAACAUAUUUGUUGAUCCUGUAAAAGGUAUAAUGUGUCUGAGAUAUUCUACACUAGCUGCCUUUUUUCUUGACUUAGAUUUUGUGACUAUUUAAUUAAAUAAACUAUUUCUAAUCAAACUUAAAAUAAGCCUUGUUCUAGUAAGUUGAUUCUGACUGUUAGUUAACUUGCUCAGGCAGUAAUAACUGUAAUUUUCUUAUUGUGCAAUUAAUUGCAAAAACCUUUUUAAUGUCAGUAUUUGGAUGUUUAACAUGUUAACGUGUCUUUAUCAAUUCUCAAUUUCAAUAAUUGUUCAUCUUGUAUUUCAGAAUAAAUUUUAAAAUAUUGGUGUUUUUUCAAUGACAACCAAACUUUUUCAUUUCUUCAUCUAUAAUCUUCUGCAAUUAGACUGUAUUAAAGCAAUAUUGAAUACGGGUAAUGUAAUGAAGUUAUACAGUCAGACAUGUAAAAAAAUGUAAUUAAAAAUAAAUGUACGAGAA